GGGACCUCAAAAGUCAUUAUAUAAACAUGAAAAAAUAUGUGUUUUGGUGCUAUGUUAGUGUUUUGUCUCAUAUAUAUCUUUGAUUACUAUACAUAAGUGACAAAUUAAGAUCCAGCUUAUUUUUUGUGUGUUUAUUGCAACUGGUGUGACAGUUGAGGGCUCUUACGGAGGACAGAUUGGUCGGGGGCCCUGGGCAAUUGCCUAGGUUUGCCUAAUGGAAAGUCAGAAAGCUGUUUUCCCCCUGAAUUACUUUUGAAAGUGUUAGAAAUUUGUCUAAGUCUUCAAAUACUACAUGCUGACAAACAACAAAUUAAAAAGUUGUUUUCUUUCUGAUAUAUGAUUGAAAGUGUCAGGAUUCUUUCUUCAUGUCUUCAUAGUGCAUGCUGACAACAGCUGUCAUUCUGUCAAGUUACGAAUGAUUAAUAUUUUGACAGUGACUACAUUUAUCAAAAAAUCUUCACACUUGUUCCCUCACUCAAACCGUGAAAACAUGGCAAUGUGGUGCUGCCAUCGUGCCACCACUCUCUCAUUUGGGCUUUGCAGAGUCAAAAUUGUGGUAAUUUCCAGACGUGAUGCUUUGACACAGUUACACACAGGAAGUGUGAAACUUCCUCAAAAGGUACCACAAACAGUGCAAGACUAAAAAACAGUCACCUCGUAUCCAAGAUGGAGAGCUUCAGCUCCAAGCACAUGGCCAUGAAGGCCCAGAAGAAGAUCCUGAGCCACAUGGCCAGCAAGUCGGUGGUGCAGAUGUUCAUCGACGACACCAGCAGCGAGAUCCUGGACGAGCUGUACCGGGUGUCCAAGGAGCACACGGGCAACAAGGCCGAGGCCCAGAAGGUGGUGAAGAACCUCAUCAAGGUGGCCGUGAAGGUGGGCGUGCUGUUCCGGCACGAGCGCUUCAGCCCCGACGAGCUGUGCCUGGCCCAGGAGUUCAAGAAGAAGUUCCACCACGGCGUGAUGACAGCCAUCAGCUUCCAAGAGGUGGAGUUCACCUUUGAGAAGACGGUGAUGAUUGACAACCUGGUCAUAUGCCGCGACGUGCUGCUGCAGCUGGUGGAGAAGCACCUGACCCCCAAGUCCCUGGACCGCAUCCGGCACGUCUUCAACCACUACUCCGACCCGGACCUGCUCACCAACCUCUACAACCCCGAGGGCCCGCUCUGGCCCAACCUCACCAAGAUCUGCGCCGGCCUCAACAAACUGAUCGAAGAGGGCAAGCUCUGAGACCUGGCGGACAAACAAGGCAUGCAACUGGGGUCCCCCCACCUUCUCCGAAAACCCUCUAAAUGAACCUGGCUGACAGAUUUGUGGCAGUGAUGGCUUAAAAAUAAAGACGAACAGGGGAAAACAGGGGGUGUAUGUUGGCAGUGGAGGGUUCAAGAGAUCGUGUCAACGUCGACAACAUCCUCAGCUGAAACCCAUUUGGUGCGCAUUGAUUGGACGAGGGGGGAAUUCCCUUGCUCUUGCUUGACACGGAGGACAGUUAAGGCAGAGAGGGAUCAAAGUCUGACGACUGGAGGAAAAGGGAUGGGAAGGGGAAGGGUGUGUGUGUGUGUGUGUGUGUGUGUGUGUGUGUGUGUGUGUGUGUGUGUGUGUGUGUGUGUGUGUGUGUGUGUGUGUGUGUGUGUGUGUGUGUGUGUGUGUGUGUGUGUGUGUGUGUUGUGUGGUGCGAUAACCUCAACGUAUCCUGAAAUGCUUGUCAACUCUAUCUAGGACUACUUUGAGAAUGAAUGGUGAAGCUACCCAGCAUGAACACAUCACUGGGGCAAUCUGGAGUCCAUCAACUCUUGCCAUUGAGGACUUUGUAAACUGUAGACCAGAUUUGUGAAUGUAGACCUGGGGUGCAUUUCUCCAAGCCAUAGUUGUUAACUACGUUAACUACUUUGUUGUUUUGCAGUGUGUUUUCCCAUUGGCAACUACCGAAGUUACUAACUGGCUAACAACUAUGCUUUUUAUGACUGUCAGACACACUCAUUCCCUUAGUGAACGUAAUUCAUUCAUAUACUAGGCAGCGGGCCUCCUUCCAUUUUCAGCAGUAUUCAGAUUUACUAUAAUUUAGAGGUUUUAAAAAAAACAUAGUUACCAUACAUUGCUGAUGUUUUGUUGGUUUUCUUCUUUUAACAUUUGGAAAAAAUGUGAUUAAAUGUGCCAAACAGAUGUUUUGUUUUGCUAAGCUGUUCUGGCUUAGGUGCAUUUUAACACACUUGUUACUUGUUACUACUUGUAAUGUGUAACAUUUUCAGUUGAUUUCUGAGACGUGUUCAGGUUAAUAAUACAUGUAAAUAUGAUGGAGAUUUUGGGAAUUAUGAAUUCUGAAGUAAAGAGUGUCUUUGAAUGAC